ACCAUGGAAAACGAUACCAUGGGCUUCCUUGACAUGGCUACAACAACAGAAUUUGACUACGGCGAUUCAGCACCAUGCACGGGGACUGAAGAAAAGCACUUUGCAGCCAAUCUUCUGCCACCGCUUUAUUCUUUAGUGGUAAUAUUUGGCCUCACAGGCAACAUGCUCGUUGUCCUCAUCCUGAUAAAAUACAAGAGAUUGAAGAGCAUGACUGACAUCUACCUGCUCAAUCUGGCAAUUUCUGAUUUGCUGUUUAUAUUUUCUCUUCCUUUUUGGGCCUAUUAUGCUGUUCAUGACUGGAUUUUUGGGGAAGCGUUGUGCAGAAUUCUCUCAGGUGUCUACCUCCUUGGCUUCUACAGCGGCAUCUUUUUCAUAAUCCUGUUGACCAUAGACAGGUAUCUGGCCAUAGUGCACGCAGUGUUUGCUUUGAAAGCGAGGACAGUUACCUAUGGCAUCCUCACCAGCAUUGUCACUUGGGCUGUUGCUAUGUUUGCCUCUGUUCCUGGGAUAGUAUUUCACAAAACUCAGAAGGAAAAUUCACGGUAUACGUGCAGUGCUCAUUACCCAUCAGAUCAGAGAAAUGUAUGGAAGCAAUUCCUGACCUUAAAAAUGAACAUCCUGGGACUUGUUAUUCCAAUGUUAAUUAUGAUCUGCAGCUACACACAAAUUAUUAAGACAUUACUGCAAUGUAGGAAUGAGAAGAAACAUAAAGCAGUCAGGCUUAUUUUUAUCAUCAUGAUUGUCUACUUUUUCUUCUGGGCACCAUAUAACAUUUGUAUUCUCUUGCGUGAUUUUCAAGGUUCAUUUUCCAUCACUAGUUGUGAAGGCAGUGGGCAACUGCACAAAGCAACCCAAGUGACAGAAACAAUUUCAAUGAUCCACUGUUGUAUCAACCCUGUGAUUUAUGCCUUUGCUGGAGAAAAAUUCAGAAAAUAUCUUCGUAGCUUUUUCCGAAAGCAAAUUGCAUCCCACUUUUCUAAAUACUGUCCGGUUUUCUAUGUUGACCCAUCUGAACGGGCUAGCUCCACCUACACGCAAUCUACUGGAGAACAAGAAGUUUCUGCUGCAUUGUAA